CGCAGAGCCGCGGAGCGAGCGAGCGAGCGAGCGGGAGCCCAGCCCGCGCCUCCCGCUGCUCUCUUCCUCUCCACGCCAGAGCCGGGCGCGCCAGGAGCUGGGCCUUUUCUUCUCUCUCUUCCUAGCUGCCCUUUCCUGGCCCUUUCCCCUGCCCCAGCAUUCCCCACUCUUUGCCUUUGCUGCUUCUACACUCAUCCCGUGGAGGUCCAGGUCUGCUGGGCCCUCGUCAGUUCCCCUUUUGGUCAUGGGAUCGCUGCUGGGGCUCCUGGCACUGCUGCUGCUCUGGGGCGCUGCGGCUGAGGGCCCCGCCAAGAAGGCACUGACGCUGGAGGGGGAUCUGGUGCUGGGUGGGCUGUUUCCGGUGCACCAGAAGGGCGGCCCCGCCGAGGAGUGUGGUCCGGUCAACGAGCAUCGCGGCAUCCAGCGCCUGGAAGCCAUGCUCUUCGCACUGGACCGCAUUAACCGCGACCCGCGCUUGCUGCCCGGCGUGCGCCUGGGCGCGCACAUCCUCGACAGCUGCUCCAAGGACACGCACGCUCUGGAGCAGGCGCUCGACUUCGUGCGAGCCUCGCUCAGCCGCGGCGCCGACGGCUCACGCCACAUCUGCCCCGACGGCUCUUAUGCCACCCAUGGGGACGCUCCCACUGCAAUCACGGGUGUCAUCGGAGGCUCCUACAGCGACGUCUCCAUCCAGGUGGCCAACCUCCUCCGGCUGUUUCAGAUUCCACAGAUCAGCUACGCAUCCACUAGUGCUAAACUAAGCGACAAGUCCCGCUAUGACUACUUCGCCCGCACGGUGCCCCCUGACUUCUUCCAAGCUAAGGCCAUGGCAGAGAUCCUCCGCUUCUUCAACUGGACCUAUGUGUCCACCGUGGCAUCUGAGGGCGACUACGGUGAGACUGGCAUCGAGGCCUUUGAGCUAGAGGCGCGCGCCCGCAACAUCUGCGUGGCCACUUCGGAGAAGGUGGGCCGUGCCAUGAACAAGGCGGCCUUUGAAGGGGUCGUGCGGGCCCUGCUGCAGAAGCCCAGCGCCCGGGUGGCUGUCCUGUUCACUCGUUCCGAGGACGCCCGGGAGCUGCUCGCGGCUUCCCAGCGCCUCAACGCCAGCUUCACCUGGGUGGCCAGCGACGGCUGGGGAGCCCUGGAGAGCGUGGUGGCCGGCAGUGAGGGGGCUGCUGAGGGUGCCAUCACCAUUGAGCUGGCCUCCUACCCCAUCAGUGACUUUGCUACCUACUUCCGGAACCUAGACCCCUGGAACAACAGUCGGAACCCCUGGUUUCGAGAAUUCUGGGAGCAGAGGUUCCGUUGCAGCUUCCGACAGCGGGACUGCGCAGCCCACUCACUGCGCGCUGUGCCCUUCGAGCAGGAAUCCAAGAUCAUGUUCGUGGUCAAUGCCGUGUACGCCAUGGCCCACGCGCUGCACAACAUGCACCGAGCUCUCUGCCCCAACACCACACGUCUCUGCGAUGCCAUGCGGCCUGUCAACGGGCGCCGCCUCUACAAGGACUUCGUACUCAAUGUCAAGUUUGAUGCCCCUUUCCGCCCAGCCGACACCCACAGUGAGGUCCGUUUUGACCGCUUUGGCGAUGGCAUUGGCCGCUACAACAUCUUCACCUACUUGCGUGCGGGCAACGGGCGCUAUCGAUAUCGGAAGGUGGGAUACUGGGCAGAAGGCCUGACCCUGGACACCAGCCUCAUCCCGUGGGCCUCACCCUCGGCCGGUCCGCUGCCCCCGUCUCGCUGCAGCGAGCCCUGCCUCCAGAACGAAGUGAAGAGCGUGCAGCCGGGCGAGGUCUGCUGCUGGCUGUGCAUCCCGUGCCAGCCCUACGAGUACCGGCUGGACGAGUUCACCUGCGCAGACUGCGGCCUGGGCUACUGGCCCAACGCCAGCCUGACUGGCUGCUUCGAGCUGCCCCAGGAGUACAUCCGCUGGGGUGACGCCUGGGCUGUGGGGCCCGUCACCAUCGCCUGCCUGGGCGCCCUGGCCACGCUCUUUGUGCUGGGCGUCUUUGUGAAGCACAACGCCACGCCAGUGGUCAAGGCUUCAGGCCGGGAGCUCUGCUACAUCCUGCUGGGCGGAGUCUUCCUCUGCUACUGUAUGACCUUUGUCUUCAUCGCCAAGCCGUCCACCGCGGUGUGCACUCUGCGCCGCCUCGGCUUGGGCACGGCCUUCUCCGUCUGCUACUCGGCUCUGCUCACCAAGACCAACCGCAUCGCGCGCAUCUUCGGAGGGGCCCGGGAGGGUGCCCAGCGGCCACGCUUCAUCAGUCCUGCCUCACAGGUGGCCAUCUGCCUGGCACUCAUCUCAGGCCAGCUGCUCAUCGUGGUGGCCUGGUUGGUGGUGGAAGCCCCGGGCACAGGCAAGGAGACGGCGCCUGAGCGGCGGGAGGUGGUGACGCUGCGCUGCAACCACCGUGAUGCCAGCAUGCUGGGCUCGUUGGCCUACAACGUGCUCCUCAUUGCCCUCUGCACGCUCUAUGCCUUCAAGACCCGCAAGUGCCCUGAGAACUUCAACGAGGCCAAGUUCAUCGGCUUCACCAUGUACACCACCUGCAUCAUCUGGCUUGCCUUCCUGCCCAUCUUCUAUGUCACCUCCAGUGACUACCGGGUGCAGACCACCACCAUGUGCGUGUCGGUCAGCCUCAGCGGCUCCGUGGUGCUCGGCUGCCUGUUCGCGCCCAAGCUCCACAUCAUCCUCUUCCAGCCGCAGAAGAACGUGGUUAGUCACCGAGCGCCCACCAGCCGCUUUGGCAGCAGCGCUGCGGCCAGGACGGGCUCCAGCGUUGGUCAAGCGUCUGGCUCCCAGUUUGUCCCCACUGUUUGCAACGGCCGCGAGGUGGUGGACUCCACGACCUCGUCGCUUUGAGAACCCCACAGCCCUG